AUGAGCGGGAUGAUGCCGCAGCCACUGGUAGCGCUGCCGGCGGAGCUUGCGGCCGUGCCGGCUGAGACGCUGCAGCAGGGCGACGCGCAGCCCGGCUUGUACGGCACCAUCCCGGACCUGCUCCUUGUGCAACUGCUGCGAAGCGCGCGCAUCCAUCUGCGCAACGCCGGACUGCCGCCGCGCCGCCGCCGGCACACAGAUUGCAGCACACCCAACUCCGCCGCGCAGGGCUUCUUAUUCAACUACACGAAUGCGGCCCUAUCCGAGCUAGGCGUGCCCGCGGCGGCAAUCCCUGCCGGCAGGAUCGCCGCCGCCGUGACAGCUGUGUGCUCCCGGAUGAUCGGCCUCGGCGCGCCUGCGCCGCGGGCCGGGGCCUCGCCGGCCGUGGCGGCAGCAGCGCAGCAGCUGCUGGCGACACGCGGCGGCGGGGCGCCGGCAACGCCGGUGGAUGCGCGGCUGGAGUGGAAGCACUCGUGCCUCCACUGGGGCUGCAACCUGGAGGACUGCCAGCUGUGCAAAAACAACGCGCUCAAGGUGUGCGACGAAGCGUCGGUGUUUGACGGACAGUACUGGGUGCGCGACGACGGCAAGGGGGGGCAGGUGGUGCGCGCCAAGUGCGGCGCAGACGUGUUCGUCCAGGCUGUGGACCGAGCGAGCAACACGGCCGUGUAUGUGCCCGACGUCAAAAUCAAGCUCUACGUCAUCAGCGGCACCGCCGCCGUCCCCAGCAUGUACGAGGACCCCGCGGCCCUCUUCCUGGACGACGAGGGCAACCCCCUGGUCAGCGUCUCGGGGGCCACGCCAGAGGCGGAUGGCGGCAUACCCCUGGACGCCACACAGGACGAGCGGCUGGGCCCGGUGGCGCGCAUCCCAGAGAUCCAGUUUCUCAACAAGAACUCAAAGUUCAAGGUCGACGGCCGGACGUUCAAGGCGUUCCGUCUGCUGGCCAGGGCCGUGCGCCGCGACCCCUCGUCCGGCAUCGACCUGCCGCUGACUCAGCUGGAGAGCGAGCCCUUCAAGGUGACCACCAAGAAGGGCUAUGACGGCUGCCGCAAGGCCGAGUACCUGUACGCAAAAGAGGUGAUGACCGACAAGACUUUCGCCAGCCUCGGAGAGACCACCAUCAACAACCUCAAGCUCACCUUCGACGGCUGCGAGACGGUUGAGGAUCUUCUUGGCCUGGUGAAGCGGGCCGAGGAGGACCCCAAGGUGGAGGGGGCCCUGAGGGACGUGCUCAACAUGAGCCGCGACGCAGCCAAGUGGAAGAACCUCACGCGCAUACUGCAGGACAAGUGUGCGCGUGUGGUCUAA